UUAGGUAAUGUCAGACAGUGAGGACGAUUCGAAUUCAAUGAGCGGAGCGGAUUGGCCGGUGACCGAAGAAUGGCUUCAGGCCGUCCUCAAGGAGCACCACAAGGAUUUGCCGGAUCCCACCAUGAUCACCGUGCUGGAUUUCACCGUGAAACCGGGCUGCGAAAGCGGCGAAAGUGUCCUUAGCGAUAUUCUAGCUGUGGCGGUUAAAUACAGCCUGAGGGAAGAUCCCGCAGGAGUGACGCACAGCCUGAGCUUCAUAAUCAAACUACUGCCGCAGGAUCCGUUCAGCAGGUUCUUCGUGACCGAGGCCCAGUUCGAUCUUAGAGAGAUAAAAUUUUACACGCAGGUCGUUCCCGACCUUCAAUCUUACCAGCAAAAAACGACCGAAUCGGACAUACGCCUACCGAUACCCAAAUGCUACUACGCCCAUUACACCGCAGGAACGAACGAUCCAGAACCCGUUCCCCCAGAAUCCGUCCUAGUAUUAGAAAAUCUCAAACCGAUGGGCUACAACAGCGCCGACUUCGCCAGAGGCCUGACCCUCCGGCAAACCAAAGCCGCCGUCGAGGCCAUAGCCCACAUCCACGCCCUAUCUCUAUGCCUCAAAAUCAAAGAGGGCAAAAGCCUCUCCGAACGCUACCCGUUCCUCUUCCAAACCAACAGAGCCACCGACUCCUACCAGCAGCUGGUGGAAAGGGGCCUGCCGCAGCUCUCCAUGUUCCUCGAGCGCAAGACCGGCAUGGAGGACGUCCUGGCGGCGUUGAACAACCUCAGACCCAACACCAAAGACGUCAUCGAGAACCUGCUGGAGCCCGAUGAGCCCAUGGCGCUCAUCACGCACACCGACUUCUGGUGCAACAAUCUGAUGUUCAAAGAGGACGAGGACAGCUGCCAGUGCGCCAUCCUCGACUGGCAAAUGGUCACCUACAGCCGCCCCACCAACGAUCUGGCCCUUUUGCUCAACAGCAGCGUGCCGGCCGAGCUGCGGCGGUUGCACACCAAUUCCUUGUUGGACGAGUACUGGAACGCGCUGAUCGAGACCAGCAGGAAACUGGACCUGGACGUCGAAGGGGAACUGGGCUACGGUCGCGAGAAACUCGAAUCGGAUUUCAGGAAAUCGCAACUGCUCGCCCUGCUGUUGUGCAUCGGGUCCGUCGACCUGGCCAUCGGCAACGCUCAAAUGGAGGAGAGAUUGUUGGAAUUGCUGAAGGAUUUGUUCCAAGAGGGACUGCUGAACGCGGACGUGGCUUGUAAGAUUCCGGAAUGAGGUGAAUCAGUGGGUUUCGUGAUAAUUCCAUCGAAUAAACGUAUUGGAGUUGGCGAGAUUUAUAGAAGUCAACUAACGAUGAUGGCUUCUUCGAUAGGGAAAAAUCUUUUAUAGACUCCUUAAUGUAUUGGUUCUGUUCUGUUACUGUGAAUGUGUGAUAAAACUCGGCAUUACCGGUUUUAUUAGAAUAAAAUUUGGUUGUAUAAUGUAUUUAGUUUGUGCUCUUUUUUAAAAACCAGACAGAUUGAUGAGCAAUCAUUGAUAGUUCAGUUCAAAACUCGCACUGUAAUUUGUAAUGUAUAAUAGCUCUUCCUAAAUAAUUAUUGUAUGACUAGUAAAGCGAGUCUUGUCAUUUUUGCGAUUCUUGAAAAUAUUUUGAAAUGGGUUCCUUAUUUUUGUAGACAUCACAUAUUAAUCAGAACCAAUAAAACUUGUCUAAUCAAAUUCGCAAUCAUUCACGAUAUAAAUCAAAAUACCUUAUCAAUCCGUGACUUCUGAAGGAGUAAAUAUUAUUAUGAAACAUAUCAAAUUUGUUUCCAAAUUUCACAUACAACAAAAUUGUUUCAUAUAACUCAUUUUGUUUUUAUUUGAUAUAUUUUCGUCGAGCGUUUAUUAGAUGGAAUUAUUUAAGAAAUACGCAAUUCUAUUAAAGUGAUAUUCGCUGUAAGAUAUUCAAAAAACGCAUUUAAACUAUAAUAUAUUUUGUAUGAUUCGGGAGAAACUAAAACUAGAAAAGUUGGGCAAAAGGUGUAGCGUACUUUCGACAUUAAAAUUUACAUUAAUUCCUUUUACGAGACGUUUUUACUGUAGAAAAAAUACUAAAACGAAUAUUAAACACAGUAGCAAGUAGAAAUAUAACUGCACCGUUUCGACUCGUAUUUAAUAUUUUCGGUAAAAAAAAUAUAUUCCAACGAAUUGUUCUUUUGCUCAAUUUUUGAUACGUUAUUUUCAAUCGAAAUUCGCUUAAACUCACGCGCAUGUUAAUCGAAAUACGUUCCGUGCCAAUAUUAUGUAAAAAAAUCCAAACAAAAAAUUACCUACUUAGUGUAAAAAAAAAUCUAUAAGUAGUAUGUAGCGCUUAUCAAAAAUAUACUAACUUUUGUUAUCUAAUUACAUUAAUAAACGUUUUAUUUA